CACGAGUUGUUGUUUAACGCCGCGUUGGAAGUAGAAGAAGAAAGCAGCGGAAGAAGAAGCUCUAGUUUCGUUUCCGAUUGACCCACUUAGCUUCUCACAUUAGCAUCAGUUAAUAAUCUCUAUGUCUAACAAUGGAAUUGUCCGUUCUUAAAUUCGCACUUUGCAUUUUUUUGAUGGCUAGUUUCUGAUUUUUCACCCAAGAACAAAUACAAAACUUAGGAGCGUUGCCAGCUUGAAGUGUAACAAAGUAGACUAGCUGUUGUUAGCCACUUUGAUUUAGCUGGGCUGGCUGCGAUUAAAAUGAGCUGUCAAACGUAGGCUGCGUCGUAAAGUUGUUCGUGUGCCUGGGGUUGUCCGUACUAGCUGGCGGGUUAUUAACGAUUGCUGGCUGAUCAACGCUUACACAUUUAGCUACUUUAGCUUAGCUACGUUCAGCUUCGGAGCUCCUUUGGAUGUUCAGUGUGUCGGGAAGUGACUCUUCAGCCCCAUGUCUGCUGAGGCUUCAGUUGGCAGUCAUGCUGCCGACUCGGCCCAGUCCGCUGUUUCCCAGCCCGCCUGCCACAACACAGAUGAGCACAGAAAUCGGGGUCUGCUGGGGAGCAAGUAUGUCAAGUUAAAUGUGGGCGGCUCACUGCAUUAUACAACGGUCCAGACAUUAAGCAAGGAAGACAGUCUGCUGCGGAGCAUAUGCAAUGGAGGAACAGAGGUUACCAUAGACUCAGAAGGUUGGGUCGUUUUGGAUAGGUGUGGCCGACAUUUUGGGCUGGUUUUGAACUUCCUGCGAGAUGGCUCAGUACCACUUCCAGAGGACCACAGAGAGCUGGAUGAGGUUCUAAAGGAGGCCCAGUACUAUCAGGUCCAGGGACUCAUCCAGCAUUGCCUUACUGCCAUGCAGAAACAAAAGGAUGUCUUUGAAAGUGUGUGCCGCAUCCCCAUGAUCACCUCAGCCAAAGAAGAGCAGAAGAUGAUUGCCACUUGUAGAAAGCCGGUUGUAAAAUUGCAGAACAACAGAGGGAACAACAAAUAUUCUUACACCAGCAACUCUGAUGACAACCUGCUGAAGAACAUUGAACUGUUUGACAAGCUUGUGCUCCGAUUUAAUGGCCGAGUCCUGUUUGUCAAAGAUGUGCUUGGGGAUGAGAUCUGCUGUUGGUCUUUCUAUGGGGAAGGCCGCAAGAUUGCGGAAGUAUGCUGCACCUCCAUCGUCUACGCUACAGAGAAGAAGCAGACCAAAGUUGAGUUUCCUGAGGCUCGAAUCUUUGAAGAAACCCUCAAUAUCCUCAUCUAUGAGAAUGGCCGAGGAUCUGGUCCAGGAGGCUUACACCUUUUAGAUUCAAGAGGCUCAGGUUCAUCGCUGGGAGCUGGCCAGUCAGAGGAAGAGGGUGCUGUGGGAGGGGACAGACGAGUAAGACGGAUCCACGUAAGGAGGCAUAUAAUGCAUGACGAAAGAGGGCAUGGUCAGCAAACUGUGUAUAAGGACUAAAAAUGUGAAAACAUAAGGCGUGGUAGAGUGACUUGAUGUAUGUUCAUUUUUCGUUGAAUGCUAGCAGAAUGAAAUGGAUGUCCUUGAUCAUAGUAAUAACUAGGUAGUUAGUUAUUUCAUUAAAUGUUUUUAAAUGUCACUGCAGAAAUAUAGGAGUUGAUGACUGAUGUGCAACUGAAGUAAGAGUCGUUUGGAGAUGGAAAAUGCUUCUGUUUACAAGAAAACAAUGUGUACAUUAUUUAAAUAGGAAAUGUGUAAAAUUACCUGGGAUGUGGAACUGGCAUAAAUAUUACUUUGCAAAUAUUAAGGACAGACGGCCUACUGUUAAUGUAGGUGUUAAUGAUAUGCACUGGCAGCCUCUUUGUGUUUGACAUGUAGGAAACACUGUCAGUCAGUUUAUUCAGGUUGUGAAACAUCUGUUGCCUUUUCAUAAGUUGGACUAAGAUGCUGCCUCGACAGUGAUGAAGAGAGGAUGGUGAGGUUUAGCUUAGAUAUGUUAACACUGGAAUAAAACUGAGUAGCCAUUGUUAGUGAGGUUGUCCAUGAAUGAGAUUGUUGAGCAGCUCAAUUUUCUUUAUUUAAAUGUUUACUGCUGUUGCUUCAAGAUUUUUUUUUUUUAUUAAUUAAUUUAUGAAUCUAAUUUAUUGUUUGGUAUUUAACUUUUGUAUUGUAUGCAAUCUUUGUGUUAAUUAGUGCUCAAGUGAGUUUUAAUUUUUGGAAUGAUAUAAUGCACUCUAAAGCACACAGAUUUUGAAUUUACUCCUGUAAAUGACUAAAUCGUGAACUUAUAUUUCAGUUCUGUGUUUCAAAAGGAACACAGACCAUUUCUUUAAUAUUGUAUUUCAUUCUGAGCCAUGAUUUUUCCAUUACACUUUAUGUCUUAUACCAAACCACUGAAAUUUGUUCAAAGUAAUAGGCCAUACAUUGAUGAUAAAAUCAGUUAAUACUGGGUUGUAUUUUUAUUUCCCUCAGGGAGAGGAGAAGUAUUUUCUUUCUAAUAUUCACCAGUGUCUUGUGUAAACCUAAUCACUCUGAAUACUGAAAAAAAACAUUGAACGAGAGCAAUACGUGUCUCAGACCCUUUAUAAAAUCACCUUGGAAUACCUUAAAAUAUGCACUAAUAUAAUAACUUCCGUCCAAUAGUGGUCAUGGGAUUGUUCUGAAUAAAAUUACUUAUGAAAUCCAACUCAAGCUUAUUGGUCUUAUGUUUUUCUUCUUCCCUGAAGUAUAAUAAAGAAAUUAACUCAAACACAUACAUGAUACCAAAACAAGUGGACGUUACCCACAGGAUAUUCAUUACCGUGCUUACUUGAUAUGCUCCAAAACGUUUCAUUCAUUCAAACUGCUGAUUAUAGGACUGUGAUCUUUUCAA